UAUCUGCCUCACAGAACGCAUUCGAGAGAGAAGAUUUUGUUUGUUGUGUGCACGUAUUAAGAAGCGAUCCAACGUUUAUUAUUUUAUCUCGCUCGAUACACACGGGUCAAUCAAUCAAUUUGAGUGCCUCGAAACAUUUUUAUCGCCGAGAUAACUCCGUAGGUCAGUCAGCAGCGCCAAUACGGCUUACGUAAAUUAUUUCUGGCACUGCGAUGCAUUGUUGCAUCGUAUAAUAAUAUAUCAAAACAACAAGCGUCGUCGUCGUCGUCGUCAUUCGCGCGCAUAAGGUGGUACAGCGCGCAACAAACAUAAUUAUUGGCAAAAUGAGAAAUUUCAAUCUCGUCGCUGUGAUUCUCGCGAGUGUGGGUGUUUGUCUGUGUCAAGACUAUCCGUCGGUGGUCACGAACUUGGGCACGAUCAUCGGCCACUACAAGACCUCGUUCCAUCGCUACCGAUACGCGGCUUACGAGGGUGUGCCCUAUGCACUUCCGCCCAUCGGCAACAGACGAUUUCAACCGCCCGAGCCGAUAAAAGCCUGGGAAAAGCCUCUGUCGGCCGUGAGUCUCGAGAAGAAGUGCCUCGAGCACAAGCGCCGUCCCAAUGAGUUCGGCAGCUACGUCGAGGGCGUCGAGGACUGCCUCUACCUGCACAUCUACGUGCCCACGAAACCCAACGCGCCCAAGGACUCACCGUAUCCGGUCAUCUUUUACAUCCACGGCGGCUCCUUCCAGAUGGGCAGCAUCGAUCACGACGAGGAAAAGUACCUGAUCGACCACGACGUCGUCUACGUGCACGCCAACUACCGUCUCGGGGUUCUAGGCUUCCUCAGCACCGAGGACGACGUCGUCGCCGGGAACAUGGGCCUGAAGGAUCAGUCGCUGGCGCUGCGCUGGGUCAAGGAGAACAUCGCCGCAUUCGGAGGCGAUCCCGAGAGGAUAACCCUGAUCGGCCACAGCGCCGGGGCCUCAAGCGUGCACUAUCACUACCUGUCACCGAUGAGCGCUGGACUGUUUCACGCCGGAAUCUCGCACAGCGGCACGGCCCUGGAUUAUCUGGCGCAGGCGAAAAAUUCCCGAGGAAAGGCUCUGGAGCUGGGCGAGAUACUCGGCUGUCCGACCGAGAGCGUGCGAUCGAUGGUGCAGUGUCUGAAGAAAGUUCCCGCGAGGAGUCUGGUCGAGGCGCAGAUUAAAUUCUCGCCAAUUUUGAUGCUGCCCGCGAGACCUUUCGGGCCAGUUGUGGAAAAAGUCUCGGAGGGGGCGUUUAUCGAUCGUCCGCCGAUCGAGAUCCUGACCAGCGGAGACGUCUACGACGUGCCCUGGGUCACGGGUGUCGUCAGCGAGGACGGCCUCUACCCCACCGCAGAAUUCGUCACCCCCGACGAGAAGAUCCUGCGUAGAAUCGACGAGGACUGGGAAACGAUCGCGACUCUGCUUCACGACUACAACUACACGAUUGCCCGGGAAAAUCACGCCGAAGUGGCGAGAAAGAUAAGACGACACUACCUCGGAGAUGAGCCGAUAAAUAGGGCGAAUCUUCAUCGGCUGAUAAAGAUGGUCGGCGAUCGCACCUACUACGUGGACGGAGCGAAAGCCGCGCGGGCUCAGGCCGAGGCCAACGAGACGCCUGUUUGGUUCUAUUACUAUUCUUACAGAGCGACCGAUAGUCGCACCAAAGAGUCGACUCAUACCGAUGAAAAUUUAGGAGUGGCUCACGGCGACGAUGUGUAUCUCGUCAUCGGAAACGACGUCAUUGAUCCCACUAAAUCCAAAGAGGACAUGAAGAUGCACCAUAUACUCGCGAAUCUCUGGGUAUCGGUCGCCAAGCAUGGCGAGCCGAACGUGUCCCCGAGCUGGACGAAAAUGGACCCCUCGAAAAAGCUAGGCAUGAAUUAUCUGCACAUCGCGACGCCGGAAUCUCUGGAAAUGAAGUUCUCCGACGAUUUCGGACAGAGGAGCUUCUGGGACAGUCUCGGCUUCGACGAGAACAAGAUUGACGGAGAAUUCGUCGACGUUUGAGAUAAUAACCACGAAGAGUCGCCUAUUGAUCGAGGCGAUAGCGAGCAUCGAUUGCAUCGAUGUAUACCGUCAAUUUGUUUUUAAUGAUAAAUCACGUGCA